CUAAAUUAUAAUUAGUUUCUAAUAUAAUUAAUUUAAGAAACUCUUAUAAUUAGAGUAAUACUAUACACUACUAUAGACUAUAAUGGAGCUGAUAUUGUGGUCAUUAUCCGCUAUUGUAUUUGCGGUCUAUUUUGCCUAUAGAUAUUUGACGAGAAAUUUCAACUACUGGGCCAAGCGUGGCAUCCCUGGCCCUAAGCCACUGGUAGGCUUUGGCAAUACUUUGAGCGCAUUCCUCAACGAACCAACUGAUGUGGAAAAGGAUUGGAUCCAGAAAUAUGGCAAAAUCUAUGGUGUCUAUGAGGCCAACACACCGAUCCUAACAGUGGCUGAGCCGGAGCUCAUCAAACAGAUUAUGGUGAAAGACUCGCACAUAUUCAGCCUGAAGGUGACGGACCCCAUACUGAAAGCCAACGCCCACCCCAUACUCGGCAAGACUCUGGUGGCCAGCAAUGGCCAGGACUGGCGCAGAGCCCGGUCCGUAAUCAGUCCCACCUUCUCGUCGUCCCGCAUGAAGACUAUGUAUAUGAAAGUGAGGGACUGUCUGAACGAUAUGCUCAAAGACAUGGAGCCGUACGCCAAGAGUGGUGGUGAGGCUGAGCUCAAGACCGUGUACGGCAAUAUGACCAUGGACGUGAUUGCCACGUGCGCGUUUGGCACCAAAAUUAACUCGUACAAACAGGGCAACAGCCCGUUCAUCAAUAAUGCAAACAAGGUGUUCAGCCCCAACCCGAUGAGACUACUGAUGCAGAUGAUGAUCCCGACGUUCCUGUUGAAGGCUUUCCACAUGAAGCACGUGAUCGAGGAGUCGGCCAACGAGUUCUUCUUCGAGAUGACCCGUCAUAUCAUGAAUGAGCGCAAGAAGUCGGACAUGAAUUACAACGACUUCAUUGAAUUGGUGAUGAAGUCCAUGAAUAAUGACAAUCAGACGGACAUCAAUGCCAAUGAUGUCUCUUAUGGUACGACAGCAAAAAACAUUUAUCUUAAAUUUAUUUCACAUUAUAAUUCCCAUCACUUGAUAGGAAAGGGAGGCAACGCUGCGGACAGUUUUAUAACGAAAGAGGAGAUUCUGGCCAACUCUUGGGACUUCUUCACGACCGGCUACGAGUCGAUGGCCACUACCCUAUCCUUUGCAUCCUAUGAGCUCUCCCGGCGCCCGGAGGUCCAGGAAAAGCUAUACGAAGAGAUCGCCGGCGCCGUCGACUCGGACGGCGAGAUUGACUACGAUUUGCUGCAAAAUAUGCCGUUUUUAGACGCCGUUGUCUCGGAAACCCUGCGAAUGCACACCAUUUCCAUACGGUUGGGACGUAUGGCAGCUGAGGACUACAAGUUGGGCGACACCGGGAUUGUGGUGGAAAAGGGACAGACAGUUGAGAUCCCUGUCUAUGCCGUACACCAUUGCGAGGAGUUCUACCCCAACCACUCCCUGUUUGACCCGGACAGGUGGAUGCCCGAGAAUAGCCACAAACUAGUGCCCUACACCUACCUGCCCUUUGGCACCGGUCAUAGAGCUUGUGUGGGCACGAGGUUUGCCCUAAUGGUUGUCAAACUAGCCUUAUGUCACGUUAUCAGGAGCCACAAACUAGUGCCCUACACCUACCUGCCCUUUGGCACCGGUCAUAGAGCUUGUGUGGGCACGAGGUUUGCCCUAAUGGUUGUCAAACUAGCCUUAUGUCACGUUAUCAGGAGGUAUAAGUUGGUUACGUCUAAGAACACAGACAUACCGGUGCUGUUGAAGUCGAGUGUAUUGAAUCACACCCCGGAGCGAGUGAUACUAGCCGUUCAGUCGAGAGCCUAA